CGGUUUACAGUGCGGUUUCGAAUGUUUUGAAUGGCCCGCGGUUCGCGACGGACCGUGGCGACGGAUGUCGGCGAAGGCGGCCAAGGCUGAUGAUGGCGGCGGAACUGGUUUCCAGUGCAGUCACUAGACUUCUGCUAUGCGCCAGGCGCGGAAAGACAUUAUCCCCUCCGGUUCGUCGCUGUCUCUCUCACUCAAGGAGUGCCUUGUAGAUGAGCGAGAGAGACAGCCAGGCCAAGGAGUGUGCCCCUGGACUAUGGUCACGCGUGAUUGGAACGGUCUGUGAUACCUAAAUACGUGAAUUGCGUCGCUCAAUUUUGAAACAGGAUGGCGCCCAACAUCGCCCAGGUGGACGUGCACGGCGGCCAGUGCGCGUGCGGCCUGCAGCACGACCCCGACGUGCUGCACGAGCACGAGGUCCACGAGCACCAGGGCCUGCAGCAGCACGGCGGCGGCUUCCGCGGCCUCGGCUGGCGGUACCCCGACAGGAAGAAGGGGCUCUUCGCCUCGGUGGACGAGUGGCUGGAGGGCCGACGGCAGGUGGACGGCGCGGAGGGGCUGUGGCGCGUCGACGACAACCUGUACGACCUGACGCCCUUCAUGGAGAGGCACCCCGGCGGCCCGCACUGGCUGCAGCUGACCAAGGGCACGGACAUCACGGAGGUGUUCUACCUGCACCACAUCACGGACGCGGCCGAGGCCGCGCUGCCCAAGUUCCUGGUGCGGCGGGCGGCCGCGCCGCGCAACUCGCCCUUCACCUUCCACCGCGACGGCUUCUACAUGCAGCUGCGGGCGCGCACGCGCAAGCUGCUGGAGCACAUCCCGAAAGAGGCCAUCCUGGAGGCCCAGGCGCGGUCCAAGCUCAUCGUGGACUCGCUGGCCGCGGCGGCACUGCUGGCGUGCGUGGCGGCGGGCUACCUCAACAGCUUCCUCGUCGCCGUCCUGGCCGGCCUGCUCGUGUCGCUCACCGCCAGCGGCGCGCACAACUUCUUCCACCAGAAGCACAACUGGCGCCGCUACCUGUUCGAGCUCAGCCUCAUGUCCUCCAGGGAGUGGAUGGUGAGCCACGCGCUGUCACACCACAUCUUCACCAACACCCUGCAGGACCUGGAGAUCACCUUCUUCGAGCCCGUCAUCGCCUUCCUGCCGUACCCGGACAAGCCGGCCGUGGUGCGCUACGCGUCCUGGGUGUACUGCGUGGUGCUGUACGCCGCCCUCGCCCACGGGCAAGUCAUGAAGAGGGUCAUGGCCAUGAGGGUGGAGUGGACGGACGCCGUGGGGCUGUUGGUGCCGGCGUGCCUGCUGCUGGGCGGCGCGUCGCUGUUGGACGCCUGGCUGCUCUGGACGUACAUCCUCAUCGUGUCCAGCCUCUACUUCGCCUUCCAGGGGCUCACCGCCGGCCACCAUCACCCCGACAAGUACCACGAGGGUGACGCGCUCGGCGCCGACAUGGACUACGGCCUGAUGCAGCUGGCCGCCACGUCGGACUGCUCGGGCGUGCGCAGCAAGGACUCCCUGGCCAUGUCCAUCACCCACUUCGGCGACCACCUCAUGCACCACCUCUUCCCGGGGGUGGACCACGCCGUGCUGCGGCUGCUGGAGCCCGCCCUGCUGGAGACGCUGGAGGAGUACCGGCUGCCUGCCACCACCGUGCCCUUCUGGGAGGCCGUCUGGGGGAAGUACCGCCAGAUGGCGCGGGUCACCCCCAAGCGUGGCCUCAACCACGCCGUCCUCCCCCAGCACUAGCACACUCAUUCCGAGUGUCGUUCUCGUCGCUGUCUCUCCCGCACCCAUACGGGACGCCCCAUGAGUGCGAGAGAGACAGAGCGACGAAAACGAGUCUCGGAAUCAGUCUGCAGCGCCAGCAGUGACCCCGACCGUCACUAGGAACGACAAGCGUCGAGGAGACGAACUUGAGUCACUCUACAGUGUACUCAAUUGUGUGAUAAUGGCUGUAAGAAUACUGACGACCGUGCUCAAGCGAAAGAAGAAAAGACUGAAGGUGAAAAGACUGUUUUUGUUUUAGGAUGCUGUAUUUCCAAAGACACGACUGAAUCUAGUUGAGAAUAAUUGGCUGUUUUUAUUUAACUAUUCUUACUAUUUUCACAAAAAUGAAUGACUGUCACAGAUUUUUCUACAGUUGAUAUGGAAUGCUGCUGUAAGUCUAGCUCUCUAACUAAUUUUAUUUAGAUAGAAAUAAAAAUCGCCUCUUUAUGUGCAAGGUGUAUUUGUUAGCUGAUUGCAGUGAUAGGAAAGUUGGUUUUGUUCAAAGAAACAAGUUUGUUUCGUUUUUUCAUAAAAAUAUUUUUAUUUCUUAUUGUUACGAAUAGAAACACAUCGAUCACUUUGUCAAAGCAGA